AUGGCUGCGCAAAUCACUAGAGCUGAGUUUACAAAGGCAACGGAUAAGUUAGAUCAACUUGACAAGAAUGUUGCAAGUAUGCAAAGUGUAUUAGAUGAUAUACAAAAGAAGAUGAACAUUGGAGAUAAGUCUGAUGGUGGAAAAAGAUCAGAAGGUGAAGAAAAAUCUGAUGCCGAGAACAAGUCACAGGAAGAAGGAAAGCAUUAUAGGUCCAGAUAUGCUUCACGAGAAGAAAAGAAGUUCAAAAUAGACGAGUUAUUAGACUGGUUUUAUGAAGUUGAAUCUUUUUUCGACUUUAUGGAUGUACCAGAACGAACUCAUGUGAAGCUAGUAGCUUACAAACUCAAGGGAGGAUCUGCUGCUUGGUGGUAUAAAGUUGGUGAAGAUCGUAAAAAUUUUGGUGCAAGGUUAGUAGACGAGUAUGUGUCUGAAUUUUACAGUCUGAUAGCGCGUAAUGAGCUUAAAGAAAGUGAUGAACAACUUGUAGCAAGGUUUAUUGAAGGUUUGAAUCGAGUGAUUCAAGAAGGAAUGACUCAAACAGUUUACACCAUGGAUGAAGCAAUACAACAGGCAGUCAGAAUUGAACGUCGAGUUUUUGGUGCUACAAAGUUUCCUGUUAAACAAAGUCCAAAAUUUCAAGGUAACUUCAGAACUUCUCCUUCAUAUUAUAAUUACAGUGAGAUCUCUUCUUGUCAAGAUGAUAUCCCUGGUAGACAACAAUUUCGAUCUACCAAUUUUACUAAUUCUCCAACACCCAAAAAUCCUUCACAUAUUCUUCCUAUUCCGCUUGAGUUUCAGUCUGUACAACCAUCUCAAGCUACUACUUCCAUACCAAGUAGUCAAGAGGAUUUAAAAAAGUAUAAUGGUUUAGUUAACGAUACUUCAAGGGAGUCGGAAGAAUCUGAUGUUGAUGAGACUAUUGAAGUAGAUGAAGUUGGUCAGAUGUAUGGAGAUCAUUAUAUUGGAGUGAUUCGACCAUUAUUAUUUUUUAAAUCUUCUUAUUCUCAGCGAAAUAGUAUUUUCAAGACUAAAUGCUCACUUGGAGGAAAAAUAGUUGAUAUGAUUAUAGACAGUCGAAGUAUGGAUAACUACAUUGCAGUUGAUGUAGUUAAGAAUUUGGGUUUACCAGUGACUCCACAUCCUCAACCUUAUUUUGUUGUUUGGGUAAAUAGUUUUUCAUCUGAAAAUAUAACACAUAAGUGUCUUGUUCGGUUCUCGUUCAUUGGAUAUAUAGAUGAAGUUUUAUGUGAUGUAAUCAAUAUGAAUGCAGCACAUUUACUUCUUGGAAGACCUUGGCAAUACGACGUACGUGUUGUUCGUAAUUGUUUUGAAAACACGUAUACUUUCUAUAAGGAUGGGAAGAAAAAAGUUGUAAUUCCUUCAAGGUCUGUCAUAGUUUAUAAAGAACACAGUGAUGGGAAGACUAGUGCUUUGGUGGCUUCUAUUGUCAAGUCUUUGCAUUCUCAAACACUAAGUUCGCAUGAAGUCUUUAAAGCAGAGGUGGAAAUUCCAACAAGGAUACAGUCAUUACUUCAGCAAUAA